UGGUUGGUCGGCUUCUGUGGUAGAAUUUUUACAUAUUGAAAGAAAGAAGGAAAGAAAAUUAUUCCUUGUCGUCCAAAUCCAGAGUCACGUUUGGUGGAAGAUUUGGGAUUGACCAAAGUAAUGAAAUCCGAGCCGGCCAAAAGCACUGCUGUCUUCUUCUUCUUCCCCAUCUUUUUCAAUCUUUUUACUAAAAGUAAAUGUUCUCUGGCACAAGCUCAGGACCGUUCUUCUAUUCUAAAUUCCUACGUCUCGUGGUAAAUCUUGCUUUAAUUAGAUUCAUUACUAGCUUUUUGAUAAACCUUGCUGUUUCUACCUGUUCUUUUUAUCACCUUGUCAUCGUAGGAAUAGUUGAACUACCAGUUGGACUUGGAAAGAAUAAACGCCUCUCUCUCUCACACACAUCGCCGUUUCUCAUUCAUUUAAUCCCAGAUAGUGGAGGUGCCUUCUGGGUGGUGCUGCUCGAGUAGGAGUCCGGAUAUUUUGGCAGACGACAGAGAAAACCGGAAAAGGCGAAGUUGGGAGCAGUCUAUUGACUUCCGCUAGCGUGGUCUGCUUCUGUUCUUCAUUUGGUGAGGUGGGUUGCAGAGUCUGAAUAUGCAGAUGAGUGGAUUCAUGAGCUUGACGCGUGCUGUUGCCUUUCCGCUGACUGGUUGCAGUGGUUUCGGUUGCUCUGACUGAAUGGUGCGGUAUCGUUCUGAGGUUGCAGAGUGGAAUGGGCUAGUUGGCGUUUUGGCUCCUCAUUGCCAUGGAUGUUGAGGGUGGGAUUUACAGGAACCCUGUUAAGAAAGAAUCAUGGAGGACUAUUUUAACCCUGGCGUAUCAGAGCUUGGGUGUGGUAUAUGGGGAUUUGAGUACUUCACCCUUAUAUGUGUACAAGAGCACCUUCGCAGAGGAUAUUCAUCAUUCCGAGACUAAUGAAGAGAUUUUUGGAGUACUUUCUUUUGUUUUCUGGACGUUGACGCUGGUGCCUCUUCUCAAGUAUGUUUUUAUAGUGCUGAGAGCAGAUGAUAAUGGAGAAGGUGGAACUUUUGCCUUGUACUCUCUUCUCUGCAGGCAUGCCAAGGUUGGUUUCUUGCCAAACGGCCAGGUCGCUGAUGAAGCACUCUCAACGUACAAGAAAGAAAUGCCUUAUGACUCUAAGAUGGGAUCAAGGGUAAGGCUUUUGCUUGAAAAGCAUAAAGUCCUGCAGAGCAUAUUGCUUGUGUUGGCCCUGUUAGGUGCUUGCAUGGUCAUCGGUGAUGGAGUCCUCACGCCGGCAAUUUCAGUUUUUUCUGCAGUGUCAGGGUUGGAGCUCUCAAUGUCGAGAAGACAACAUGAAUAUGCAGUAGUCCCUAUUGCAUGCAUCAUACUGGUCGGACUGUUUGCUCUUCAACAUUAUGGUACACAUCGGGUAGCAUAUCUGUUUGCACCAAUUGUUGUAACUUGGCUUCUUUGCAUCAGCCUCAUUGGUGUUUACAAUAUCUUUCGCUGGAACCCUCAUGUAUAUCAAGCACUUUCCCCAUACCAUAUGUACAAGUUCUUGAGGAAGACACAAAGGGGAGGAUGGAUGUCUUUGGGAGGGAUUCUCUUGUGUAUCACAGGUUCCGAGGCUAUGUUUGCAGACCUUGGACACUUUUCACAGUUAUCGAUUAAGCUUGCAUUCACAUUCGUGGUCUACCCAUCUUUGAUCCUUGCAUAUAUGGGACAAGCUGCUUAUCUGUCGAAGCAUCACGUCAUUCAAACUGGGUAUCAUAUCGGAUUUUAUGUAUCUGUGCCAGAGGUUUUGAGGUGGCCUGUACUCGGAAUAGCAAUACUUGCAGCAGUAGUGGGGAGUCAAUCUAUUAUUACAGGAACAUUUUCCAUUAUUCGACAGUGCUCUGCUCUGGGUUGCUUCCCAAGAGUGAGAAUUGUUCAUACAUCAGAUAAGAUUAAUGGGCAGAUUUAUAUCCCAGAGAUUAAUUGGAUCCUAAUGCUGCUCUGCCUUGCUGUCACUGUUGGCUUCAGAGACACUAAGCGAAUGGGAAAUGCCUCAGGUUUGGCAGUCAUAACUGUGAUGCUUGUCACAACCUGUCUUAUGUCUCUUGUAAUUGUUCUCUGCUGGCACAAGAAUGUCCUCUUUGCAAUUUGCUUCAUCUUCUUCUUUGGAACCAUUGAAGCACUUUAUUUCUCUGCAUCUCUCAUCAAGUUCUUAGAGGGUGCUUGGGUCCCUAUAGUUCUCUCUUUUGCAUUUAUGCUGGUCAUGUACAUAUGGCACUAUGGUACAAUCAAGAAGUAUGAGUUUGACCUUCAGAAUAAAGUCUCCAUGAAGUGGUUGCUUAGCCUUGGACCAGGUCUUGGUAUUGUCCGAGUGCCUGGCAUUGGGCUCAUACAUGCAGAAGUCGCCACUGGAAUUCCCGCAAUGUUCUCACAUUUUGUCACCAAUCUCCCAGCAUUCCACCAGGUCCUAGUGUUUGUGUGCAUAAAAUCUGUUCCUGUACCAUAUGUUCGACCUGAAGAGAGGUUCCUUGUUGGUCGAAUUGGGCCAAAAGAGUUCAGGCUGUAUAGAUGCAUAGUUCGAUAUGGAUAUUUGGAUAUCCACAAAGAUGAUCUAGAGUUUGAGAAGGAGUUGACAUACAGCAUCGCAGAAUUCAUCCGUUCAGGACAGCAAAGUUCAUUAUCAAUGGAUGAAUAUGAGAAGGAUGAAAAGCUCACUGUUAUAGGAACACCUACAGCUGACUCUUUUCAUUGUGUGGAAGAAAAUGCAGCAGAUGUGCCAGGGACAUCAGGUUCAUGUAAUGAGUUGAGCGUAAACAGCUCACCAGUGGUUACAAGGAGAAAACAGGUAAGAUUCUUGCUGCCAGAAAGUCCAGAAAUGGAUGCAGCUGCCAGGGAAGAACUGCAGGAAUUGAUGGAGGCAAGAGAAGCAGGCAUGGCAUUCAUUCUGGGCCAUUCAUAUGUCCGGGCAAAGAGCGGAUCAAGUUUCUUAAAGCGGAUAGCAAUAGAUGUUGGGUAUGACUUCCUAAGAAGAAAUUGCAGGGGUCCAGCUUCUGCGCUCAAUAUCCCUCAUACAUCAACACUGGAAGUGGGGAUGAUUUACUAUGUCUGACUCAGGGAAUGUAUAUGGUUUUUCGUAGUUGUUUGCUACAAAAAUGCUUCAGUUUUACACGGCUGUGCAUAGCUUUUUGUACUGCUCUGAGAUAAAGUUGUACAAAUUCUUACUUCAAGACGAUAGAGCCACCAAAAUUUUCUUUUGUAUAUGGUAGAAAACUCAACACUAAACUUUGGUA